AUGAGAUUUUCGGCCGAUUUGAAUAAGUCAAUCCGGAUCAACGCCACCCGCUUCUUCAUACCACUACGCAAUAUUAAUCAUCUCACCAGGCUCAAAGCAAUGCAUUCGCUGCGUGCAAUGCUUGACAAGGCAUCAGCACGCUUCGCAGUUCGAAUGCUACCAAUGCAUGUAGCAUUUGAUCUCGCUGAGCAAGAUGAAUUAUUACCAUCUGUUGUGGUCAUCAAUACGCUGCUUGCAGGAUUAGCAUCAGUAUUUGCAACUCUCCUGUUGAUACCUUCGAUGCGUAAUUGUUUAUUGAUGGCUUGGGCAACGGUCAGUAUCAACAUGGGUGUUAUGGCGUUACUGUGUGUAAGCGGUUGUAGAUUGGAUGUGAUUACAACGAUCAUCAUCCUGUUGAGUAUCGGAUAUUCAGUGGAUUUUUCAUCGCAUCUUUUGGUUCACUUCCAUCAGCACGCGAACUCCUUCAACGCUGAAGCAUUAUCAACAGUAGCAUGGCCAAUUUUACAAUCAUCACUAUCCACUGUGAUCGGUAUUGUAUGCAUCUCGCCGGUCAAUGUAAGCGUUGUUUCAUGUUUUUUCGUAAGAUGA